AUGACGAGACUAGACGACCGUGCUGGUCAAGUACACGACGGCAGCCAGCAAGCCAACGAUACGAGAGCGAUGGGAAGCCCAUUGUCUGGGGACAUAACUGCAGAGAUUAGCCAACUCGCCCGGAGGUUGACUAUGGAAGCGAACUUUACCACUUCUACCCCCAACAUCCUGAAACCAGAGCCAGACAGCGUCCUAGAUCCGCAAUGCCCAGUCUUUGACGCCCGAGCCUGGGUGAAAUCUUUCGUCGACCUCUUUGAAUCAGAUCCCAAUAGUGCUCCGUCACGGAAGCUCGGAGUGGCCUUCCGCAACCUGUCAGUCUCUGGUAGCAGCACCGGAGCGAAGUACCAAAGCAGCGCGGGCAAUGUACUUAUUGACGCCGUCUCGUCCUUGGCUGGGUGCUUUGGACGUAACGCGCACGAGAAAGAAACUCAAAUCCUGCGAGACUUUGAGGGUGUCGUGAACGAAGGGGAGCUCCUGCUCGUUCUGGGGCCUCCAGGCUCUGGGUGUUCAACCUUGCUCAAAACGAUCGCCGGCGAGACGGCAGGACUACACCUGAGUGCGGGCACUGAAAUCAACUUCCGAGGAAUCGGCACUGAGUAUGUCAGAUCGCGUUUUCGGGGCGAUGUCCUAUACAAUGCAGAGGUGGAUACGCACCUUGCGCACCUUACGGUAGGCGAAACCCUCACAUUUGCAGCUCAAGCCCGAUCUACGCAGGACAUGCCGUCUGGUAUCAGCCGUCAAAGCGUUAGCAACAUGCUACGAGAUGUUGUGAUGACUGUUUUUGGCAUUUCCCAUACAUUCAACACCCGAGUUGGCGAUGACUUCGUCAGGGGGGUCAGUGGUGGCGAACGCAAGCGUGUUAGUAUUGCAGAAGCUGCCUUGACAGGCGCCCCACUGCAAUGCUGGGAUAAUUCAACCCGUGGGUUGGACAGUGCGAACGCCGUCAAGUUCUGCCAAAGCUUGCGCUCCCAAGCAGAUUAUUUGAACAUCGCCGCGCUGGUGGCCAUCUACCAAGCCCCUCAAAGCGCCUAUGAGUUAUUUGACCGCGUAAUUCUUCUGUACGAGGGAAGACAGAUCUAUUUUGGCAAGGUUGGAGAAGCAAAACAGUACUUCGAAGAACUAGGGUUUGAAUGUCCUGAUCGACAAACUACACCCGAUUUCCUCACAUCUAUGACGAGCGCAAAUGAGCGACGCGUUCGACUGGGUUACGAGCACCUCGCUCCACGGUCAGCCGAGGAGUUUGCCGACAGAUGGCAAAAAAGCAAACAGCGACACGAAUUGCUGCAAGAGAUCGAGGACUACCAGCUGAAGCAUUCUCCCAGUGACAGACUGCUGGAAUAUAAAGUAUCCCGGAGCGCUGAACAAGCAAGGGGCCAGCCUUCCAGAUCUCCGUACACGAUAUCAUAUACUGAGCAGGUCUCACUAAACAUUUGGCGCGGUUGGCGGCGUCUUCUUGCAGAUCCGUCAUUCACAGUUGCCUCAUUGUUCUUCAAUCUGGUAAUAGCACUGAUGUUGGGAAGUAUGUUCUACAACCUCAAAUCAGAUUCAUCCAGUUUCUACUACCGUGGCGGUCUCGUAUUCUUCUCAUUACUUUUCAACGCAUUUGCGAGUCAACUAGAGGUCCUGACGGUAUACGCGGAACGCCCGGUAGUCGAAAAACAUCAUAAAUACGCCUUCUAUAGCCAGUCGACACAAGCAAUCGCCAGCUACUUGUUGGACCUUCCUUACAAGACGAUCAACAUGCUAAUUUUUAACGUCACGAUAUAUUUCAUGGCCAAUUUGCGACGCGAGGCUGGCAACUUCUUCUUCUUUUGCCUUGUCUCGUACCUUACCACGUUGGUCAUGUCAUCCAUAUACCGUACGCUGGCCUGCCUGACGAGAACCCCGGCUCAAGCUAUGGUCCCUAGCGCCAUUCUGAGUCUCGGUUUGAUCAUUUACGCUGGCUUCUGUAUUCCACCCAGCUAUCUCCCGGGUUGGUCUGGAUGGAUGAACAAUAUCAACCCUUUGUCGUACGCCUUCGAAUCGCUCAUGGCAAAUGAGUUCCACAACAGACUGUUCGAAUGUGCUUCAAUGGUCCCUCAGGGCCCUGGGUACGGGAAUCUUCCAUCCGACUCCCAGAUAUGUUCUGUGGUUGGCGCAGAAGUUGGGGCGACAUCUGUCAACGGUGACAGAUACAUUGGCCAAGCCUUCAAUUACUAUAAUUCGAAUAAGUGGAGGAACGUGGGCAUUCUUGUGGCAUAUUUGGUUGGCUUCUUCAUUGCCUAUGUCGUCUCGGCCGAGUUCUCAAAACCACCCAUGAGCAAGGGGGAAGUGUUAGUGUUUCGAAGAAACCAGGUACCACGCAAAGCUCAAAACGCGGAAAUGGAUGAUGCUGAAUCCCAGCACUCAUCAAUUCCCAUGGCCGUUAUCAACGAGGAGAAACCUAGCGGGUCUAUCAAUCUUACGAAGAGCACAUCGGUUUUCCACUGGGAGGAUCUUUGCUAUGAUGUACAAAUCAAGAGCGAAACACGUCGAAUCUUGGAUCACGUUGAUGGCUGGGUCAAACCGGGAACAUCAACUGCACUCAUGGGCGUCUCCGGUGCGGGUAAAACAACUUUGCUCGACGUGCUGGCUACUCGUGUCACGAUGGGCGUCGUGUCGGGUGACACUCUCAUCGAUGGCAAGCCCACCGAUCCUUCUUUCCAGCACUGUGUCGGCUAUGUGCAACAAAGGGAUAUCCAUCUAAACACAAUGACGGUCCGAGAAGCUCUCCAGUUCAGCGCGGUACUCCGCCAGCCGGCAACCUUCUCACGUGCAGAGAAGCUGGCCUACGUCGAAGACGUUAUAGCCAUGCUCGACAUGCAGGAGUUCGCUGGUGCCGUGAUUGGCGUUCCCGGCGAAGGAUUGAACGUGGAGCAGCGCAAGCGAUUGACGAUCGGAGUUGAACUCGCAGCACGCCCCGAGCUUCUUGUUUUCCUGGACGAGCCUACUUCCGGCCUUGACUCGCAGACGUCUUGGUCAAUUUGUGACCUUAUUGAAAAGUUGACCAGCAGUGGCCAAGCAAUCCUUUGCACUAUUCACCAGCCGUCUUCCAUGCUCUUCCAGAGGUUCGACCGACUCCUCUUGCUCGCAGCUGGAGGGAAAACUGUAUACUUUGGCGAAAUUGGUGAGAAUGCUAGAACACUGAUUCAGUAUAUGCAACGAAGUGGUGCUCUAACCUGUCCACCCGAGGCCAAUCCUGCAGAGUGGAUGCUUGAGACCAUCCAACCACCAGCUGACGGUUCCGCUGGUAUUAAUUGGUUCCAAUCCUGGAGGGAUUCGCCUGAGUAUACCGCGGUUAAGUCUGAGCUCGCGCGUCUGAGGGGUCGCUCUGCCAUCGUUUCCGAGGAUUCUCGAAAUGAAGAUCCCUCCCAGCAAGAAGAGUUCGUGACAUCAUUCUGGGUACAGCUCUGGGAAGUCCUUCUUCGGACCUCAAAGCAUUUCUGGCGGUCACCAACUUAUAUAUGGUCCAAGAUAAUUCUCGUUUCCAUCUCGUCUCUUUAUCUAGGUUUCAGCUUCAGCGCCAAUAACUCCAUUCAAGGCCUACAGAACCAACUAUACGCCAUAUACAUGUUCUUGGUCUUGUUUGGAAAUAUCAACGAACAGAUUAUGCCCAUGUUCGUACCGCAACGUGAUCUGUAUGAGGCGAAGGAGCGGCCAUCGAAGAUGUAUCGAUGGACAGCAUUCCUCCUUUCUAAUAUAUUUGUCGAAAUUGCUUGGAACACCCUCAUGGCGGCAAUCGCCUACUUCUGUUGGUAUUAUCCUGUGGGAUUCGUCCAGAAUGCUGGUUCAGAUGGGGACGAAGUGGCCAUCCGCGGUUUCCUCGUUUUCCUCUUCAUGUGGAAGUUCAUGCUCUUCACCAGCACCUUCUCACACUUCGCCAUUGUCUGGAUCGAGACAUCAGAGACAGCUGGCGUGCUUGCCACUCUGCUGUGGAUGUUUUGCAUAUCCUUCUGUGGUAUUGGUGUGACACCUUCCGACCUCCCGUCGUUCUGGCAGUUCAUGUACCGUGUCUCGCCCGCCACAUACUUAGUUAGCGGGAUCAUGUCGUCAGCUCUUUCUGGCGGAACCGUUACGUGCUCAGUGGAGGAAACACUACACGUCAACCCGCCUACCACUAACAUGACCUGUGGCGACUUCCUCGGCCCGUUUGCCGAGGCAACUGGCGGUAUUGUGCUGAAUCCCAUGGCGAUGGAAACUUGCUCCUAUUGUUCGAUUGCCACCACAGAUGGUUAUCUCGCACGAUUCGAGAUUUUCUACGCGGACAGAUGGCGAAACGAAGGAUUACUCUGGGUUUAUAUAUUAGUAAAUAUUCUGUUGGCGCUCGGGCUUUACUGGCUUUUCAGGGUUCCCAAGGCUAAAGGUUUGAAGCGAGCGAAUUGA